GUCCUCGGGUCAAUCAGGAAGUAAACGGCUGGAUGAGACUCACCGAGCCGCCGUCUGCUCCGUUAUCUCACCGUAAAGCGGUCACACAUCAUCAGCACGCUCACCUGGAGGCUCACCUGUCGGUAUGGCCAUGUCAACGUUUCAGAAGGUCACCCUCGCGACGUGUCUCGUGCUCUGCGUCGCGCUGCUGCUGCCCAAAAUGCUGCUGUCGCGAGGCAGGAAGGAUGCUGCGGAGCGGCCGGACGGCUCAGGUCACUUCCCUCCCAUGAUGCACCGUCAGAUGGCGCCGGAGGGUCGAGGUCAGCGGGCCGCCGGCUCCAGCUUCUCCAGAGCUCAUAACUCUGAGGCCAUAGCUAGAGCCAAGGGAGCAGGGACAGGAGCUGGGACGGGAGGGAAGUCCAACCUGGCGGGACAGAUCAUCCCUGUGUAUGGCUUCGGGAUCCUUCUCUACAUCCUCUACAUCCUGUUCAAGAUCACGUCGAAGGGGAACAACAAACCAUCAGAGAGCAGGUUUCCUUCAGUUCGCUCAGAGAACAUGAAGAGAAAGAUCACCGACUUUGAGUUGGCGCAGCUGCAGGACAAACUGAGGGAGACGGAGCUGGUGAUGGAGAACAUCGUUUCUAACGCCCACCACAGUCCUGACAGGGUGAAAGGGGUGACGGCGGAUCAGGAGGAGAGUCUCCUGCAGCAGCUGACUGAGAUCACUCGAGUGAUGCAGGAGGGCCAGCUGGUGGACAACAUAGCACCAGAGAAGAAGAGCCAGGAGGACUGGGAAGAUUAUGGCGAGGAGCGUCAGCAGCCGUGGGAACGCCCCCACUGCUGCUGUCAUCACGGUCAGCAGCACCGCCAUCUACAGACGGAGACAGAGACGGAGAGGACGCAGGCUGACGGAGACGACCUUCCUGAGGAUGUUACAGGUGGAGGACAGGCUGCUGACGGAGCGGAGGACCUGAACAGAGACAGAGAGUCUGAUCUGACAGCAGGAAGUGAAGAGGAUGUGACAUCAGAGGGAGAUCUAAAGGACAGGGUGAACGUGAAUGAACACACGGAGGGAGCACGUGACAUCGACCUGGGCGUCCCAGAGGAGGACCUGGCUGCUGUCCUGAAGGAGCUGGAGCUCACUCUGAAGAUGACGUCCAUGAUGGAGCAGGAGAAGAUGGAGGACCUCAGCAGAACCACGGAGACAGACACUUCCUGCGGCGCUGUGAGGCGGAGGAACAAGAGGAGGAGAGCGAAGAAAGCUUCACAUUGACUCCGACAGGACUGAACUCCAGCCGGCUGUCUGUGAGGACGGCUGCUGCGUCUUCUUUUAAAUCUGAACCUGAGUCUGAACCUGAGUCUGAACCUGAGUCUGAACGUGUCUCCAUCAGACGGGCAGGAGGAGCAUGAGAGGUGUGAGAACAGGACAGGACAGUUUUAUAUCAGCUUCACGUCAGCUUCACAUCAGCUUCAUAUCAGCUUCACGUCAGCUUCACGUCAGCUUCACAUCAGCUUCAUAUCAGCUUCACAUCAGCUUCAUCAGCUUCACAUCAGCUUCAUAUCAGCUUCACAUCAGCUUCACAUCAGCUUCACAUCAGCUUCAUAUCAGCUUCAUAUCAGCUUCACGUCAGCUUCACGUCAGCUUCACAUCAGCUUCAUAUCAGCUUCACAUCAGCUUCACGUCAGCUUCACAUCAGCUUCACGUCAGCUUCACAUCAGCUUCAUAUCAGCUUCACAUCAGCUUCACGUCAGCUUCAUAUCAGCUUCACGUCAGCUUCACAUCAGCUUUAUAUCAGAUUUAUAUCAGCUUCACGUCAGCUUCAUAUCAGCUUCACGUCAGCUUCAUAUCAGCUUCACGUCAGCUUCACGUCAGCUUCAUAUCAGCUUCAUAUCAGCUUCACGUCAGCUUCACAUCAGCUUCAUAUCAGCUUCACAUCAGCUUCACGUCAGCUUCAUAU